UCGGACCUCUCCAAAAAAUCGAAUAUGUCUGUUCAUAACGUAUGAAAAAUUGUCGGACUCUGUCCAGAGUCUGUCCAUCAUCAUAUAUAUGCUUGUGUUUGUUAUUAUUGUUUCCUUUUUGAGUACCGGCUUAUAUCAACAACAAAAUCAUGGCCGAAGAAGUGGAGACAAGUCUUAUGGUGAUUGUUGUUGAUCUACAUACCCGUCAAAGAUAUUUGCGCCAGCAACCAUCCCAAUUGGUGCAUGUGCUUGAUUCUAUCAUGACAUUAGCCAAUAUGCAUCUGAUGUUGAAAACUAAAAACAAAGUGGCUAUUGUGGCAUGCAACGCUGCUCGAAGUGACUUUAUUUACUGUGAUUCUGAUGCCAUUCAGCCUCAGCCAAUUCAAGGGCAAUCAGGGAACACUGUCCAGAAGCAGUCUGAUGGCCAAUACGAAGUAUUUGCUCAUCUAGAGACAAUGGUUAAACAAAAUACAAGAAAAUUUACUCUGGAUGAAAAGUCUACCUUUUUUGAUGAUAGGGAUGGUGAAUCUCUUAUUGCAGGAGCAUUAACCUUGGCUAUGUGUUAUAUAAACAGAAUUAACAGAGAAAAGCCAACUGGAGAGAAACUUAACUCAAGACUACUAAUUGUAACAGGAUGUGCUGGAGGUGCUUCUCAACACAUGGCUUACAUGAAUGUAUUCUUCACAGCUCAAAAACAAAACAUUGUUUUAGAUGUGUGCAGUUUAGAUUAUGAGCUUGGACUCCUACAACAGGGCUGUGAUAUUACAGGAGGGCUAUUUCUGAAAAUACCACAACUCCAAGGUUUGCUGCAGUAUCUACUGUGGGUUUUCUUACCUGAGCCACCUAUUCGUAAGAAGUUGGUUCUCCCACCACCUGCAAGAGUUGACUACCGUGCUGCCUGCUUUUGUCAUAGAAAUCUUAUUGAUAUAGGUUUUGUGUGCUCAAUAUGUCUUUCAAUCUUCUGCAAAUUUAGUCCCAUUUGUACAACCUGCAAUACGGUAUUUAAACCACCUACAUCUCUAGUCCCAAAAAAGAAGAAGAAGCCCAACAAGGGUGUUUGUUAAUGGAAGAAUGUUACGGUAAGAACAUAGGUAAUUUUGUAAAAUAACAAUAAAAAAAAAAUCUACCAGCAAAGUAACACAUUAUAUGACUCAUCAUAGUCUUAGAGCAAACGUAGAAUGAAAUGGCAGAAAAUCAGAACAAUUCCAAUAGGACUCCGAGAGGACCACCUCUAGCUAGAACAGAAGAAUCAGGUUGAGUAAACUUCUUCUCUGUUUUA